CGGAAGCAGAAGUAAAUAUUUACAUUGCUGUCAGCUGACUGCUAUUCACCUGACUUCAAUUUGAAAAAACCUUGCAGAUUUAUUAAUAUUGUAGCUGUUAUACAUCAAACUAUAAUACAACAUAUAGGUUACAUUAAUGACUGAUCUGCUAAGUGACUCAUGCGCUUUCACGAUUAGCAGCUAGUUAGCUUCUCAUUUGGAACACUUAGCAAGUGGUUAGCAUUUGUCUGGUGGAGCUAGCUGCUAAACAAGAGACACAGCUUUGCACCUACAAAAAAACGUUUCUCAGAAAUGGACAAGAUUGCUAAAGAUGUAGGUGACAUCCAGUCCCGACUGUUGGACCACCGCCCAGUCAUCAAUGCAGAGAUCCGUUACUUUGUGAGAGAGUUUGAGGAGAAACGUGGACACAGGGAGAGCAGACUGCUGGAGAACCUCAAUAAAAUAGUUACGGAAACAAAUGAGCAGAUGCUUCCUACAGAUCUGGAGGGCAUGCUGUCCAAUGUGGUUAAGCGGUUGGAGGCUGCAAAUCACAUGGCGGAGAGAGUCCAGCAGAGGGAGCUAGAGGCACAGCAGAGCACCCAGCUGCAGGGGAGCAUGGAGCGUCUGAAGGAGGAGUGGGCAGACUUUCUGAAGGAGCAGCAGAGAUUAAAGGAAGAGGUGGACGUGGAGCACGCCAAAGCAGUAGGGCAACUCAGCAUCACGUACAGCGAGAAGAAGAAGGACUUGACCAAGUUUUCACCCCUCUAAUCAGUUGAUGUUUGGGAGGGAACAAACCUCUUUUAUUUCAUGCUGGUGUUUGUUAUGGACAUGGAAGUCUGUUCUGCACAUGCAAAACUAAGCUAUCGGUUUGAUUGAUGAACCUGUCGGUUGAGGUUUUGUUCCUGCGCAAGACUCCACAUUUUCCAAAUCGUAAAUAUGAAAGUGUGAUUAACAAUGUAGCAUUUCAGAGGCCAUCAAACUGUCUGUAGCACAUGGAAUUUUCCCGGCACCUUAAAGGUCUGGAAUUUGUCAUUUUUUAAACAAGCAAUCAUUUGAUUUGUUCCUUGGCCGUGAAGUUUUCAACAUUUCAAGAUUUGUAAUGGAUGCCUGCCUAAAGGUUGCUGAUGAUAAAUUUGCGAAGGCCUCAAGUUAAAAGGAACCUGGAGUUUGGCAGCAAGGUGAGAUAUUGUAAGCACUGAAAGCCACAUCAUGUUAGAACAGUCCUUCUGAGCAGGUGUGUUUAAAGCACAGGUGAAGUGUUGUAGAAACGUUCUCAAACAAAACUGUUUCCAGAACAAAUCAUCCCUCACAUACUCUCCCGUGUUUAAAACAUUUCACCUCUGACAUGAGCUCCAUGUAAACCGACUGUCUGUGGAGUCACUUUUAUAAUAAAAGCUAUUUGAAUGAUCA